GCAGGGAGAGCUCGCCUAGCUCUGCGGACGCCGCCACCCUCGUCGCCUCUUCCUCGUGUCGCUCGCGCGCGGGGGCUGCGCCCCGCGGCUACGCUACCCUGGGUGGGUGGCGGGGCCCGCGCGCCAACUGAGCGCUCGGUGCGGCGCAGCCCGCUCUCCCGCUUGUGCAGCGCAGUGACAGGUGCAGAGUCUGGACUGAAGACACACCUGCAGCCAUCGCCGCGAUGUCCACCAUGCGGAGGACCGUGUCGGAGAUCCGCUCCCGCGCGGAGGGUUAUGAGAAGACCGAUGAUGUUUCAGAGAAGACUUCACUGGCAGACCAGGAGGAAAUACGGACUAUAUUUAUCAACCAGCCCCAGCUGACUAAAUUCUGCAAUAACCAAGUCAGCACUGCAAAAUACAACAUAAUCACGUUCCUUCCACGAUUUCUCUACUCUCAGUUCAGAAGAGCUGCCAAUUCGUUUUUUCUCUUUAUUGCACUGCUCCAGCAAAUACCUGAUGUAUCGCCAACAGGUCGCUACACAACACUGGUUCCUCUCUUAUUUAUUUUAGCUGUGGCAGCUAUCAAAGAGAUAAUAGAAGAUAUUAAACGACAUAAAGCUGAUAACGCAGUGAACAAGAAACAGACACAAGUGUUGAGAAAUGGUGCUUGGGAAAUUGUGCACUGGGAAAAGGUGGCAGUAGGGGAAAUAGUGAAAGUGACCAAUGGGGAACAUCUCCCAGCAGAUCUCAUCAGCCUGUCCUCAAGUGAGCCCCAGGCCAUGUGCUACAUUGAAACAUCCAACUUAGAUGGUGAAACAAACCUGAAAAUUAGACAGGGCUUACCAAUAACAUCGGAUAUAAAAGACAUUGACAGUUUGAUGAGAAUUUCUGGCCGAGUCGAGUGUGAAAGCCCAAACAGACAUCUCUACGAUUUUGUUGGGAACAUAAGGCUUGAUGGACAUGGCACUGUUCCCCUGGGGGCAGACCAGAUUCUCCUUCGAGGCGCUCAGUUGAGGAAUACACAGUGGGUCAUUGGAAUCGUUGUCUACACUGGACAUGACACCAAGCUGAUGCAGAAUUCGACAAGUCCACCACUUAAACUCUCAAAUGUGGAACGAAUUACAAAUGUGCAAAUUUUGAUUUUAUUUUGUAUCUUAAUUGCCAUGUCCCUUGUCUGUUCCGUGGGCUCAGCUAUUUGGAAUCGAAGGCACUCUGGAAAGGACUGGUACCUCAAUCUAAACUAUGGUGGCGCUAAUAAUUUUGGGCUGAAUUUCUUGACCUUCAUCAUCCUUUUCAACAAUCUCAUUCCUAUCAGCUUGUUGGUAACAUUAGAAGUGGUGAAAUUUACUCAGGCAUACUUCAUAAAUUGGGAUCUCGACAUGCACUAUGAACCCACAGACACUGCUGCUAUGGCUCGAACAUCUAAUCUGAAUGAGGAGCUUGGCCAGGUAAAAUACAUAUUUUCUGACAAAACUGGUACUCUGACCUGCAAUGUAAUGCAGUUUAAGAAGUGCACCAUAGCUGGAGUUGCUUAUGGCCAUGUCCCCGAGCCCGAGGAUUAUGGCUGCUCCCCUGACGAAUGGCAGAGCUCACAGUUAGGAGAUGAAAAAACAUUUAGUGAUUCAUCACUGCUGGAAAAUCUCCAAAAUAAUCAUCCAACGGCACCUAUAAUAUGUGAAUUUCUUACAAUGAUGGCAGUUUGUCACACAGCAGUACCAGAGCGAGAAGGCGAUAAGAUUAUUUAUCAAGCAGCAUCUCCAGAUGAGGGAGCCUUGGUCAGAGCAGCCAAGCAACUGAAUUUUGUUUUCACUGGACGAACACCUGACUCAGUGAUUAUAGAUUCACUGGGCCAAGAGGAGAGGUACGAAUUGCUCAAUGUCCUGGAGUUCACCAGCGCUCGGAAAAGAAUGUCGGUGAUUGUUCGCACUCCAUCCGGGAAGUUACGACUUUACUGCAAAGGAGCUGACACCGUAAUUUAUGAUCGACUGGCAGAGACCUCAAAAUACAAAGAAAUUACCCUAAAACAUUUAGAGCAGUUUGCUACAGAAGGAUUAAGAACUUUAUGUUUUGCUGUGGCUGAGAUUUCAGAGAGCGACUUCCAGGAGUGGCGAGCGGUCUAUCAGCGUGCAUCAACAUCUGUGCAGAACAGGCAGCUCAAACUCGAGGAGAGUUAUGAGUUAAUUGAAAAGAAUCUUCAGCUACUUGGAGCUACAGCCAUUGAGGAUAAAUUACAAGAUCAAGUGCCUGAAACCAUAGAAACUCUCAUGAAAGCAGACAUCAAAAUCUGGAUCCUCACAGGGGACAAGCAAGAAACUGCCAUUAACAUUGGACACUCCUGCAAACUUCUGAGGAAGAACAUGGGAAUGAUUGUUAUAAAUGAAGGCUCUCUUGAUGGAACGAGGGAAACUCUCAGUCGUCACUGCGUUACCCUGGGUGAUGCUCUACGGAAAGAGAACGAUUUCGCUCUUAUCAUUGAUGGGAAAACCCUCAAGUAUGCCUUAACUUUCGGGGUCCGGCAUUAUUUCCUAGACCUAGCUUUGUCCUGCAAAGCUGUUAUUUGCUGCAGGGUUUCCCCUCUUCAAAAAUCUGAAGUCGUUGAAAUGGUUAAGAAACAAGUCAAAGUCAUAACGCUUGCAAUUGGUGAUGGAGCAAAUGAUGUCAGCAUGAUACAGACGGCACACGUGGGUGUCGGUAUAAGUGGUAACGAAGGCCUUCAGGCAGCUAAUUCUUCAGAUUACUCCAUAGCUCAGUUCAAGUACUUGAAGAAUUUAUUGAUGGUUCAUGGUGCCUGGAACUACAACAGAGUCUCCAAGUGCAUUUUGUACUGCUUCUACAAGAAUAUAGUCCUCUAUAUUAUUGAGAUCUGGUUUGCCUUUGUCAAUGGCUUUUCGGGGCAGAUCCUCUUUGAGCGAUGGUGUAUAGGUCUUUAUAAUGUGAUGUUUACAGCAAUGCCUCCCUUAACUCUUGGAAUAUUUGAGAGGUCGUGCAGAAAAGAGAAUAUGUUGAAGUAUCCUGAAUUAUACAAAACAUCUCAGAACGCCCUGGACUUCAACACCAAGGUUUUCUGGGUUCAUUGUUUAAAUGGCCUCUUCCACUCAGUUAUUCUGUUUUGGUUUCCACUAAAAGCCCUUCAGUAUGGUACUGUGUUUGGAAAUGGGAAAACCUCCGAUUAUCUGCUGUUGGGAAACUUUGUUUACACUUUUGUGGUGAUAACUGUGUGUUUGAAAGCUGGAUUGGAGACAUCCUAUUGGACAUGGUUCAGCCACAUAGCGAUUUGGGGCAGCAUCGCACUCUGGGUGGUGUUUUUUGGAAUCUACUCAUCCCUGUGGCCUGCUGUUCCGAUGGCCCCUGACAUGUCAGGAGAGGCAGCCAUGCUGUUCGGUUCCGGGGUCUUUUGGACAGGCCUGCUGUUCAUCCCUGUGGCGUCUCUGCUUCUUGACGUGGCGUACAAGGUUAUCAAGAGGACUGCUUUUAAAACAUUAGUAGAUGAAGUUCAGGAGCUAGAGGCAAAAUCUCAAGACCCCGGAGCAGUCGUGCUUGGAAAAAGCCUCACAGAGAGGGCACAACUGCUCAAGAACGUCUUUAAGAAGAACCACGUAAACUUGUACCGGUCUGAAUCAUUGCAGCAAAACUUGCUCCACGGGUAUGCUUUCUCUCAAGAUGAAAAUGGAAUCGUCUCACAGUCAGAAGUGAUUAGGGCCUACGAUACCACAAAGCAGAGACCUGAUGAAUGGUGACGGGGAGGGGCUGCCAGGAGGCGCUGCCGCGGCUCUGAGGAGAGCUCCCCCGUCUUCACCGGAACCUGCCGGCCCAUUCCAGCCUGGUCCAAGGAGGAGAAAGGUGGAUCUGAUCUCAUGUCGCUGAUUGACAUUCAGAUUCAUGUAUAUUAUAGACAUCAGCACUGUGCAACUCUACUGUAACACCAUCUCUUUCAGAUUUUUUAAAGUAUUUGCUAAGUCUUUGUAAACAGAAAUCGGAAAUGACCUUGUAUCUUGCCAGAGUGCUUUCUUAAACUGAGAAUAGGUCAGUGUUCUUAAGCUGUUAUUCUGGGGCUGUAACUAUCAAUUUAUUGGAAAUACCCCACGGCGGCCAACCAUUAUGAAACUCUAAAAUGGUAAUAAGUGAAAGGGACUCUUGAUAUCCAGACUUAGAUUUCAGAAUAUGCUGAAAAAAAAAAAAAAAAACCAGCAUUCUUAAGGAACUGACUUACCUUUACUGAGGAAAAUUUCUAAACAAGACAUGAAUAAGUGUUUGUGUCAUAAAUUAUCUCAGUAAACGUUUGCCAAAGAA